AUGGCUCCGAACACUUUUCAGACUACCUUUGGUCGCAUUGUGCAGAAGAUCAUCAACAUCAUCGUUGGCAUCAUUUUGCUAUUCGCAGCUUGCGGGCUCGUAGCGACCGUAUUCGAAUCCACGACCCCAGACGCCAUCGUCAACUCACCGCCCUACUCCUACCAAGAUGAACUCCACCGUAUCCCUAACGGCUCCCUGCUCGAUACCUUCGAGCCACGCCUCACGCGCAUCAUCGCCCGCAGUCUGAUUCCCGAUAGUCCCAUCACCAACGCUAAUGUAGCUCUGAUGCUGCACGAUCACUGGAGCAUCAAGAAGUUGGUGGACCACGGUAUGCUGCGACCGAUGGCGAGUGGCCUGCCGGAAGCUAUCGACGAGGCUCUUGGGGCUGUGAAGUGUGUCAAGCUCAUAGUUAUGAAGCAGGGACGUAGUGCGCGGGACGGAAAGCACGUGAACAAUCAUAUGCGCUGGAUUCCUAAGAUCAUUGAGCGGUUGGAGAAGGAGAGUGCGAUAUGGGAGGAAGUGGAGGACAAGGACGGCGUGAUGCAGGAGGAACUAGACGAUUGGAUUCCUGAGAUCCUUGAGCAGUGGGAGAAGGAGAAUGCGAUGUGGAAGCAUGUGAACGAGAAGGUGACGAUCGAGGAGUAG